AUGCGGGCAAACAAAGUGACGAGACAAACUGCCGAUACGUUCCAAGCGGCAGCUACCUUCCUCGAGCUCCUGCAGAUCUGGAACCCCCCGGAACCCGAAGUCGCAGCCAAGAUCAAGUUCGCCAAGUACCAUGCGCUGAGGAUAGCAAAGGCGCUCAAAGCCGGCGAGGAUCCCAACGCGACGAACCCGGCCGUGAAAGAGCCCGAGGACGAGCUCAAUCCGGCUGACAACGAUCCGGAGGUGCAGGCUGUAAUGCAGUCUGCGUCGCAGGAAGCGGCUCGUUCACGACAACCUUCGGUGGAAGAUGUGUCUGAUGAGGCCGCGCCGUCGCUUCCCCACGAACCACAUGUGCCCUCCGUCCCUACCGAUGCGCCGUCCGCGAGACUCGAUGCUACGCCGCCGCAGGGCCGGGACGAGAACGCGGGUGAAGACCAGGACGAGCCGUUGACUCUGCCCUCCGCCCCGGCGACGAUCACAUCCUCGUCGACCUCUGUCCCCAGACUCCCAGAUACGCCCGCAGACAUUGGUGCAGCCCACUCUCACCCUCCGCAUGACUCCCAUUCCGCAGCCUCCUUCCAGUCCUUCCCGCCACCAUCGACCUUGCCAUCACAGAGUCCUGUGAUGCCCCCUCAGGAUGUGAGGGAUUUCUACAACCAACCUAGCGUGCCGCCUACCCCUGCGCCUGCUCCCGCUCCCGCUCCUGUAAUGCCACCUCCCGCACGCCCCCAUGCCCCUGCUGCUGCCGCUGCACCGCAUAUAUCUCCAGCACCGUCAUCCAGCCAGACGAACCCCCAGUCGAUAGAUGAUCAGGGCAUCGCUUUGGCCCAGAAGCAUGCCAGAUGGGCGGUAUCUGCUCUGGCGUUUGAUGAUGUCAACACAGCUAUCAAGGAGCUACGGAAUUCGUUGAGAUAUCUGGGGGCAGAAUGA